UUUUCUUUAGAACUGGAUUGACUUGUGCCUUUUCAGCAAUGUCCUUAGAACCAAAUGGCGUUUAUAUUGCCACCUAUUCAAACACUGACGUGUAUGAAUGUCAGAUAAACAGUUGUCCGCUUAUGAGAAGAUGCAAGGAUGACUGGGUCAAUGCAACCCAAAUCUUGAAAUGCUGUAAUUUUCCCAAAGCUAAACGGACUAAAAUCUUGGAAAAAGGAGUUCAACAAGGGUUACAUGAAAAAAUUCAAGGUGGUUACGGUAGAUUUCAAGGUACUUGGAUCCCAUUACCAGACGCACUUAGAUUGGCUGGUAAUUAUGGUCUUUCUCCAGAGAUGGCACCGGUUCUAUAUCUUGAUUUUACAAAUUUGAAUAUUCCAAGAAAAGUUAAACCAGUUGGUGGUUCAGCUAUUGGUAAAGAUGGAACCCCAGUUAAAAGAAAAUAUACUAAAAAGGCUAAAAAGGAUGGUGAAACCCCAACUAAAAAAUUGAAAAAAGCUGAUGUUCAAUUACAGUUGAACCAAGCUCAAACAUCUCAAUCGCAAUCGUCAAGUGAUUUAUACAAUUCUCAAAAUUCAUUUGCUACUUUAUCAAGGGACGCUUCUCACUUAGGCCAGCAAGUUUCUAAUUCUCCAAUGGCUUCUCAAAACCCAAAUGGGUUUUCUAUUAAUCAAUUACCUCCAACUUUCCAACAAGCAAAUUUCAUUGGGGUUAAUGGGGUAAAUACUUAUCCUGCUGAUAACCAAUCGGUACAAAAUGAUUUCCAUAAUUACCAAAUGCAAUAUCAAAGAUUUCAACAACAGCAACAGCAACAGCAACAGCAGCAGCAACAACCAAGUAGACUGCAACCACCUUUACUGUAUCAAUUCCCCCCUCAAAAUUCAAUACCGUCUAAUAUGCCACCUCAAAUGAUGGGCCAUUUCCGUCAUCAAUACCAACAACCAAAAGUUCCUUCUUCUCAAUCAACUAAUGAUACUAAUUGGUCUCAGGAAGAACCUUUAAGAGAAUCAGAUACUUCAAUGUCCUCAACGGAAUCAAACGCUCAUCAUUCUCAUUUACCUUUAACAAAAUCAAAAGAUGUCUAUCAACCUCAAAGUGACGAUGAUAAUUCAUACGCGGCUCAAUUAUUAAGAUUUUUCAGUGAUGAUAACUCUCAAAUUCCUUAUUUUGUUCAUAAUCCUCCUUUUGAUUUUAAUAUUAAUGAAGCAAUCGAUGAUGAAGGUCAUACUCCUUUACAUUGGGCUUCCUCCAUCGGUAACCAUCUUAUGAUUCAUUUAUUGAUCACCAAAGGAGCUAACCCCCUAGUAGUUAACAAUUAUGGUCUUAAUCCUUUAUCAAAAUUAAUUUCUUUUAAUAAUUGUCAUGAAUUAAAAAAUUUUGCAAAAGUUUUAGAUGAUUUAGAAUUAUGCUUAAUUAAUACUGAUAUAAAUGGAAGAACUCCUUUACAUUAUUUGAGUCAAUUUUCAAAAGUUAAAUCUAAAUUCGAAAGUUUAAAUUAUUAUCUUGAACAUAUUCUUAAUAAAUUAACAAAAUUAACGGAUCAAAAUUCUGCUAAUUCAGUCAAUUUAAUUAAAAAUGUUCUCGAUCAUCAAGACGUUAAUGGCGAUACUUGUUUACAUUUAGCUGCAAGAGCUGGUUGUGAUAAAUUAGUUAAAAUCUUAUUAAAUUACGGUGCUAGAGAUGAUUUGGUUAAUGUAAACAAUGAAACUUCUAAAAUGAUUAUUGCUGAAUUAAAUCUUUUAGGUGAUGAUUUUCUUCGGCCUGCUCCUCCAAUUAAUCAACGUCAAUCUUAUUCUCAAGAAAACAAUGCUUUGGCUACUCCUAUUCAACCUAAAUUUGGUAAUGCUGAAACUCCCGAUACUCAAAAAACUACAGUUCAAGAUGAUGAUUUAGAUGAUGACGUUAAUAUUGAUAGAGUUAAUAAAGAACAUUUAGAUACUUUGACUAAAUCUGAAGAUAAUAAAGAAAAUUUAUUUAUUGAUGAUACUUUUAAAUCUUAUGAAUCUAUAUCAACUCCAAAAAGUCAAAAUAGUUUUUAUACUUCGUCUAAUAUUCAUCAACCAUUGGCUGUUAUUUCCGAACGUACUGCUGAAAGUACUCCAGCAAAACCAGUUGUCGAUUCUAAAAAAGUGAAAAAAGAAUUGGAUGUUUCCGUCAAUUAUAAUCCUAAACCACCUAAAUUAGAUGAAGAAGGCAGAAUCAUCGAUGUUAAAUCAAAUAAUAAUGAUGAUGAAAACGAUGAUGAUGAAAACGUUAAAUUACCUUUCAAAGAUUUAUCUUGUAUGAUGACGGGUAUGAUUAAUUCCUUGGGUGACAACUAUAAACAAGAAAUUAAAUUCCUUAAUAAAGAGACAAAAAGAAUUCAAAAAAUUAUUGUUGAAAAACAAGUUUCAAAUGAAUCUUCCAUUGAUAAAAUAAAAAUCAUUUUAAAUAAAUAUGGUUUUGAAGACUUUGAAUCAAUUGAACAAGGCAAGAAUCUUUUGAAACAAGAAACUAAUAAUUUAGAACAAAAUUUGUCCAAUAAAGAACAUCAAUUACUUAAUCAUAUCGAAAAAAUCCAAGCAUCAGAUAUAUCCAUUGCAGUUAAGAACUAUGAGGGUGAAGAAGAUGUUGAUGAUGAUGAUGAACAAAAAAUUAAACAAGCCAUUAAUUUGUCGAAACUACAAGUUGAAAGAAACCAUUUGAUCAGUGGUAUAAUAAAUAAAAUUAAAAGCCAUGGCAUUGAUUCCAAAAUGUAUAAAUAUAGAAAACUUAUCAGUCUAAGCUGUGGUUUGAAAGUUGAAGAUAUCGAUGGUUUACUAGAUGGUAUUGAAGAAUCGCUCAUGGAAACAAUAACAAAUUAA